AUGCUGAAUCUAUUGCUUCGCAGGGCGUUUACUCCACCAUCUGCCGAGGAGACACUCAAGCACCCGGCCUAUCCCUCGACGAUAUGGGCUCUGGAACCGCACCAGAAGGGCAAGUGUGAGGUCGGAAAGGGGCGGCCUGGAGGUCCUCUCAAGAUUGCUUAUGAGAUUCAUGGAGAGGGGCCGACUCGAGUUGCGCUCAUCAUGGGCUUGGCCGGUGUGAAAACCUCAUGGCAGCGACAGACCAAAUACUUUGGGCACGACCACGGAGACGAGUAUUCCGUUCUCAUCUUCGACAACCGCGGCAUAGGCGACAGCGAUAAGCCCCUAUCCCGCUACACCACCGGCGCCAUGGCCGUCGACUUCAUCGAACUGCUCGACUUCAUCGGCUGGAAGGAGGAGCGCUCGGUCCACCUCGUCGGCGUCUCCCUCGGCGGCAUGAUUGCCCAGGAGGUCGCCUACACCAUCCCCGGGACGCUGCGUUCGCUGAGCCUGAUUAGCACCACGGCCCAGUACGAGAGCGGGCCGGCCAAGUCCUGGACCGACGCAUUAUGGCAGCGCCUGGGGUUUGUCAUUCCCAAGUCGGAGGAGCAGGGCCUGAUUGAUACGAGCCGGCAGCUCUUUAGCGAGGAAUGGCUCGCUGCGCCGGACGAUGCCGCGUCGCUGCCUUCGCCCAAGACGACGCCGCGGUGUGGCCCCGCGCCGGGCUCGCCCGACGGGGAGUAUCGCGCCUUUGAUAGCAAUUUCCAGCGGUUCCAGGCGCAAGAGCUGUUCAAGAGGCGGCAGACCGGGUGGUUCACGCGGCAGGGCUUCUUGUGCCAGCUCAUUGCCGCGGCAGGGCAUAGGAAGUCGCCGGGCCAGCUCAAGGAGAUUGCGGGUGAUGUUGGCAGGGAGCGCAUCUUCAUCAUGCACGGGACGGCUGAUAAGAUGAUUACGGUGGCGAAUGGCGAGAAGCUGAUCAAGCAUAUGCAGCCUGGCGUGGGAAUGAUUGUCGACGACGUUGGCCAUGCGGCUGGCAUUGAUAGGCCUGAUUGGUUCAACGGCCUUUUGGAAGAGCGAUUUAUUGCGUGUAAUAAGCUGAUGGAGACGUACACAUAUACAACAUGA